GUUCAACGUCGAGAGAUCGGCGAACUACGAACAACCAAAUCAGCCAAAAUACCUAAUAGGCAUCCCUCUUCUCUAACCUAGCUCGAAUAAUAAAUCUGUUACUGAUUAACAUGGAUAAAUUCAGCAGAACGAUUCUAUUCUUUCUUCUUUUCUGCGUCCUAAUUAUUCUCCAAUUCCAACGUGCAACUCCUGAUCAUGAAAAAGGUGGCCAAAAUGUUGCUCAAGGCCACCCAGAAAAACCACUUCUUUCUAAGAUGUUGAUGGAUACCGUUUCUCUACUCAGAAAGUCACAUCAAAGCUCCUGGGAGAAAAUCAAAACUGUCAUACAUGAUCUGCAAAUGCAGUUUUCUCCACCAAAUUUGGAUUUCAGGGGUACGGGAUGGGUAGAAUAUGAUGGUUCCAAAGGAACGUUCAAAGAAGCAGUUGAGAAGAUUUUUGGCAAAAGCAAAGAGACGGUUGAGGAGAGUGCUGAAGGAGCAGCAAAAGUAGUUGAAGAAGCAAUUCAUAAGACAACAGAAAAGGUGAAGGAGAGUUCUCACUCUGAGCAUGAGUCUAAAGCAGAACUUUAAUUUUUCGGGGGGUUAUAUUUAAUCGAAAUUGUAUGGCUGUUGCUUAAUUUGGAGAUAGCUAUCUCUAUAUGAAACAAUUUAUUUAUAUUAACAUAUUUUCUGUGU